ACUUUAAAGCCUAUCAAUUUCUCCACUCAUGGGCAUUUAUAUUACUGUAUAAUAAAACUUUUUAGAUUUAAGGGAAAAUGGAAAGAGAUUUUAUGGGCCUAAAUUCUAAAGAUACAGUCCUCAAGAAAGAAGAUCUUACAGGGUGCAAAGAAGCAUAUGGUUUUAAAGCCUUCAACCACCACCAAGAGGGUAAAUUCCAGGCCGGUGCACAUUUUAUGCAACUUCACAGUGAUGCUAAGCAAGCAGUUCCAACUAGCAGCUUAUUAGGUAGUUGUUUGUUUACCCCCCAGUUUUAUGGUGCCCCUGCUGUUAAGCCACAUUUACUUGGAGUUCCUGUUGCAUCUCAUCCGGUUUACCCAUUUACCGGCUCCUCCUUUUAUAGUCGCAAAACCCAACCAUGGUGUGGCUCCAAGGUUGAUUCCGCCCAGUCUCAGCUAACCAUCUUUUAUGGUGGUUUGGUGAAUGUUUAUGAUAAUAUCUCUCCUAAGGAGGCCCAGGCUAUAAUGCUCAUGGCUGGAAAUUGGAGGUUUCUGUCAUCAGGGACUACACCAAAGCCACGGCCAGUGCAAGCUCAUGGAUAUAGACCAUCGACCCCAGCAGUAGAUGAGGCUUAUUUAAGCCGGCCAACUACCACACAACCCUGCUCGGCUGUCUCAAGUCCCAUGUCCGUGUCUUCACAUCCUGUUGGUCAAGCUAGUGGUAGCAGACCGACUAACAAAACUGAAGAAACUAAAAAACUAUUGAGUUCACUUGGACACGCAAUACAGUCAGUCUUCCCUCAGGCGCGCAAAGCAUCUUUGGCUCGGUUUCUUGAGAAGCGCAAGGAAAGAGGGCUGGCUUCAGCUCCUUACAGCCUCAGCAAGAGCAUCAACUAUGCAGCCAACAGCGAUGACGUUGUCAAUGUAAGCAAGUGAAGGGAAUUGGCUACAAUGGCACAUGGACUUUGGUCCUGUACACCUAUUUAACAACGUUAAAAAUUUCUAUAAGUUAUCGGAUUUUAAUUCGAUUCAAACUCAUUUUGAGAUACCUACAAAGAUCAUAUAGUUGGUCAAUUCUUUAUGUAAUGAUGCGGCACAUGAUUAUGUUAAUUGUGCCGUGUCCACGUCUAUUUAUCUUCUUUCUGUAAAAAUAAGUUAUUCAAUCAUGUAUGUUGGGUUCAUGGGUUGAUUAAGAAAGCUGAAAGCAUAAUGAAAAUUAUGGUAAUUUCUAUA